GGGGGGAGCUGCGGGAGCGGUAGCCAUGCCGACGGCGCGGCCACGGCGGCGGCCUGCGGCUCCCCGCGGCCGCCCCGGCUCCGCCGCCCUCGGUCGGGCCUGUGCCAUCCCCCCCCGGCCAGCGGCGGGAGGCCCAGGCGGCGGCGGGCCUAAGGCGGCGGCUGCCAGCGGUGCUUCCCUCAGGGAGAGGACAGGGCCCCGCCCCGAUGAGCGUCCCUCUUCCCCGGGACUUUAUGGAGAUUUGGAUAUUCUGCCAGACUACUGAAAACUAAUCAUUUUAGGACAGCUGCAUCAAAUACAUCAUUUCCAGCAGUUUGGAUGCUAUUGGCACAAUAUUCUGGCACAAUACCUGCACGCUUUGUAGUAGUUAAAAAAAAUAGUUUUUUUACAAUGCCUGAAACUGAUAAAGCUAAUCUAGAACUCUAUUCACCACAUCCUGGAGUGCGUGGGAUGACACUACUCAACAGAGCAGCUUUUAAAAGGACAGUUGUUGUUCCAGUUCUUAAAGUCAAGAAAGAAAUUGUAAAUACUUUGCUGAAGUCCCUAAAGCAUACAGUACUACAGCGUCCUGGUCUAAAGCGUGUGGUUGAGGAUACAGAAGAUGAGGACAGUAGACUUGUUAUUCUGGAUCCUCAUAAAAUACCAGAAUUCUCAUUGGGAGAAGCGGAACAAGAGGUAUUAAAACAGCUUAAUGUUUGUCCUGAGGUGUCCAAGUAUAACUUGGAGCUAACUUAUGAGAAUUUCAAGUCGGAGGAGAUCCUACGAGCAGUCCUUCCCGAAGGUCAAGAAGUCACUUCUGGAUUUAGCCGUGUUGGUCACAUAGCUCAUUUGAAUCUUAGAGAUCAUCAGCUACCGUACAGAUAUUUGAUUGGCCAGGUUCUAAUUGACAAGAAUCCGGGAAUCACCUGCGUAGUGAAUAAAACAAAUAUUAUUGACAGCACAUACAGAAAUUUUCAAAUGGAAGUGCUCGCUGGAGAGAGCAACCUGGUAACCAAGGUCAAAGAAAAUAAUAUUGCAUAUGAAUUAGACUUUUCCAAAGUCUACUGGAACCCACGUCUUUCCACAGAACACGGCCGUAUUGUUGAGCUUUUAAAGCCCGGUGAUGUCCUUUUCGAUGUCUUUGCUGGGAUUGGACCUUUUGCUAUUCCAGCAGCAAAGAAAAAGUGCCGUGUAUUUGCAAACGAUCUCAAUCCUGAAUCCUACAGCUGGCUUCUGCACAACUGCAAACUAAACAAAGUAGACAACAAAAUAAAAGUGUUCAACAUGGACGGCAGGGACUUCCUCCUGGGGCCAGUAAGAGAAGAACUAAGUAAAGAGCUCCCACUUCUGAAAGAAGAACAGAAAACCUCUUUUCAUAUAGUCAUGAAUUUGCCAGCUUUGGCUAUUGAAUUUCUAGAUGUUUUCAGGCAUCUCUUGGUUGGAGAGCCGUGCAGCACUGCUGGCCUUCCCACGGUGCACUGCUAUGGCUUCUCCAAACAUGAUGACCCCACCAAAGAUAUUCAAGAACGAGCAGAAGCUUCGCUGGGAACCUCCUUGGCUGGACGCUGUUCUACUUACCCGGUUAGAAAUGUUGCACCGAACAAGGAGAUGCUGUGCAUCAGUUUCCAGAUUCCAGCAGAUGUACUGUACAAGAGGCCCUGUCCUGAUGAAGGUAAGGAACAAGCCUCCUACGCGGCACUUGGAUAUCAGGCUGCACCUUUUGCUGUCUCAUGCUGGUCCCACCUUGUCAGCCCUGUGGGCCACUUCAGCUGUGUGACAGCGAUUCUGUAUCUGGUUGUGAGUGCGGAGGUAGGCGGCAGGACUGAGUGCCUGCAUGUGUGCAGCAGCUGCAGGGCUUCAUGCGCUCUCAGUAACAGCGGCCCGCUCCUCUGAUCCCAGCAUGAGCCUCCAUAGAAAAAAUGGUGGACUGGAUAGGAUCAUCCCACAGGCCAUAAACCAGACCUUUAUGCCUCAGAUUGCUACUGGGGGAGGAUGAGGUAUCUAACAUCAAGGACGCGUUUCUGUUAGCUAACUUAAGAACUGGAGCUUCGUUUUCACCCAGGGUAGAGUAGCGUACUUCCAAGUGACUGGUCCCUUAUGCUUGCAUGGACUCAGUUUAGGUCUGGAGCCACUAUAUCAAGCAGAAUCCAGUUCUGUACAAUUUAAUUGAGAAAUGGAUAUCCUUUAAUGUUGAAUUUGAUUUUUUUUUUUUCAUAGUUGGUCAUUUCUUGAAGUACUCAUAGAAGGUAGUUGGUUUCAGUGAUCUCGGGCGUUGCAAUACAUGACAAGGGGAGAGGAGCGGGGAGGCUUUCCAUCUGCAGUUACAUGAACUAGAGGAAUGGAGGUUUUGAUAAAGCUUUAAGGCCAUGAAACAUAUUUUUACACUGUUGUUGGGAAGCACUGAGAUGUAGGUCAAAAUGUAGCUCACUACAGGUUUUUUGAAAGUCCUUUCUGGCAUUUAGUAAAGACCCCCCCCCUUAUUGCUGUAACAGUUUUCAUUUGUGACUGUUAAUCCUGAUUUUAACUGUCAUCUCUUCCUGUUAAAUCCCAUAAGUGUUACAUGGGUUGUGGUUUAGUUCUGUUUACUGCACAUUAAAUAACUUACUUUUUCUAACCUUCUUCCAGCAAAACCAGCCUCUAAACGUUUGUGUACCAGCAAAGAUUUUUCUGAAGAAAAGUUACCGAGUUGACGACUAGAGUUAUGGUAACUACCUUAGUAGUCUGCAUAAGGUAUACGUAGGUUACCUCUGGUUUACCCCUUGAAUUAUUUGAAGUGAACCUGUGUUACCCAUCUCAGGUGCUGAGAUGCGUAAUGCACGUUGCAGCUUUCCUUUGUGAGCCUUGCUUCCUGUGUUAACCUUUUUUUUUUUUUUUUUAAAUUGUGGGACCAAUAAGCAGAUUGAAAUUGUUGUUACUAUAAAAAAAUAAAACUUCACUUUUUUGUAAUAAAGGUGUUUUGGUACUUUCCUGCUCUCUAUUAUUUCACGCCUUGUGAUAAUUCAGUGACACAGACUGGGAUAGUUUUCUGCUGUGUCAUUUUGAUAUUGUGCGGUUUGUGGCGAAAACAGAUUUUUAUAUUUUGUUGAGUAGCAAGAUGAUUUGCGUAACCCUUGCAUUGGAUUCUCUCUGACAAACGGUUUUGGUGUUUAAGAAUAUUGGGUUACUUGUUAGCAGAUGUACAAACAACUGUGGUGUAAGCAAGAUAACCUUUCAAAAACUUUACCCAAGAUACAAAAAGGCCCAAAUAGCCGUAUAUACUUGUUCCUAGGCUUUUGGAGUAAUAAAUUCUUUUUUAACACUGAGAUUUAGUUAGGGAUUGGUUGACUCCUAACUUAGUGUUUGCCCACCGUUAAAGCAGGAAAGACUUUAAUGCCAUUUGCAGAUUAAGUAACGCUUGCAUUGAAUGCUGGAUUGAAAACCACUACCUGUCUGAACAGUCCUCUCGUCUUGCAGCCGCGUCCUCCUGUGGCUUUUGUGCCUCUGCCCUCUUCCCGCUCUCCCCUGCCUCCCCCACUGCUCCUCUGCUGCAGUCCCUGGGCCAUCUCUCUGACGGGCUGCCCGUAUUCUGCAGGGAUUCAAAAAGCCUCUGCCUUUGAUUUCCUUUUCUUACCCAUCCAAACUAUUGUUGGGCAAUGUCAACCACAAAUAGUUUAUUUGGACAGAGAACUCAGAUGGCCCUCUCGGUUUCAGAUAUUUUCCUUCAGUCCAAGCUCAGAGCUCACGCCUAGCAACUCAGUGACCAGAUGUCCACCACCCUCCCUGGCUCUGCUGCUGUGGCUCCAUCACUGGGGCCAGCAACCCGAUGUCUUGGUUCUCACCCAAACAGCCAUUAAGGCCUGUAGAUUUGUUUUGCUCAGCGGCUUUAUGCUGUAGCCUUUCCCUUGGCUACACAGCCAGUGCUUUUCAGUAAGCCUUCACAGCUUGGUUACUGCUAGAUUGCAUUUAUCAAACCGGGGGGAAAAAAAAUCGUGACUCACUCGUACUAUCUUGAAAGCUGCCGUACAGAUUAUUUCCCUGGCCUGGCACUCCAGCCCGAGCAUUCCUCCACUGGCCUUUAAAAUGGUAUCGCAACGGCUUUAACCUGUUUGUCCUCGCUGUCAAUGACAGGCACAUUAUCUCCGCUCCCUACCAGUCUCUGCUCCCCUUAAGAGCAAGCGCUGGACUCUUGCCUCCAGCCUGCGAUGCUGUCUCUGCUGCCUGUGACAUUGUCUAACGCCACCGCAUGCUUCCUACCGUGACCCUCUGGGCUUCCCAUAAGCACUGAAAGCUGCUCUUGUUCUUUCAGAGCCCUCCAUGAACACUGCGGUAGGGAUAAGGCCCUCUGCCAUUGUGGAAUGAUGCAGUCACCCUAUGAUCUGUGCUAACCCACCUGCCUGCACUGCCGCAGACUGCAGAUCCCUUUGACUGUGUGCGUUGCCUCAUAGUCCAAAUCUAGGGCUUCUUGGCAUUACUGCACUCACCAAAACCUGGCUUUAAUCACCAUUUUUGUGUAAAGCAAGUCGACUACAUAACUCUCAUUUUCAGCAUGUGACUGAAGUAUCCCACGGCAGGGAAGGAUUUUAGUUCUUAAAAGUUUUGUUCGCGUAAGGAUCAAAUCCCAUUGUUAUUUUAGCAGCACAGCUUUAGUUUAGAUGCCAGUCAAUGGAUUGUAUGUGUAGCUAUACUCGUAACCAGGGGUUUUUCCAUAUUUCUGUGCAGUUGCCACUUCUGUGUAUAACCCUUCCACAUGAAAUAGCAAACGAUAGCUAACAUACACGCGAGCUGCUUGAGUGUAUUUAAAUGAUACAUAUUAAUACGCAUAUGCAGUUCUGCGUGCCUUAGGGCAAUGACGUGAGGCUUUACAAACUGCAUAUAAAGCGGAUGAUGGGUGAGGUGUAUCUUCACCAGCCUGGGCGAGCCCUGAAUAGUACAGACUCCCCCUGGUUGCUGCCACUCCCUCCUAGGGUGCCAAUCAGAAUCCCAGCAGGACUGCCGCUAUCCUGUACUGGGGAAGAGGAGACAGGCUGUCAGGCAUCUGUGGCGGAGGGAAUGAACUCCCACAGCUUCUAUGUGCUAGGAAAACGAUCAGGCAGGCAGUGGUGGCAGCCAGAGGCUUUGUGUCUCAGGCCAGGCCACCUGUGCCUGGCAGGGAGCAGUACUCUGCAGGCUACGACCUCUUCUACGCCUCCCCCUUCUGUGUAAGGCUACCUGUCGGCAACCAUCCUGGGCACAAACAACAGGAGUUCAGAGAACGGGCAAUGGAAGUUUUGGCACCUCCCUCCACUUUCCUUAAUAAAGGAAGCACCAAGUCUGGAAGAAAGCUUAUUACUCUCUUCAUUAUGACAUAGAAAAAAUACAUUCAUUUAGUCCACUCCUCAGAACAGCAUUCAACAACUAUUAACGGGUGACCCAUAAAACGUGCUCCAGGCUUUACUCCAGGGGCACUUGCUGUCCUGGCAGCUUCCAGUGUGCUGCAGUUUAUACAUAGUCGUGGUGAAGACCAAUCCUGCCACUGGAAGCCCAUCUCUGCUGCAAUUAAGUAGAACUUCCACUACAAGGAGAGAGGAAGGAGUAUGUCAAAGCAGCGGAUCAAGUGGCAAGGGUGAUCCCAAAAGCCAGAAAAAGGCAUGUUCCUGCCUAAAGAAGCUCCUGAAUGUGUGACAGGAAAGUUGCAAACAGAACUAAACAGGAAAAAAACAAAACCAGUUUUGACUAAUGACUGAGCCUUUUAUCAGGGCUUCUUAGAUUGCUUCUAGAGGAAGAAAGCUGAAAGACUUUGAGCUGAAGAUUUGUCUUCCAGACAAAGGUAAAAACCAAGUGAUAUCAGGAAGGAUCCUGCAUAAGAGUUGUGUCAGCAUAGUUCCAGGGUUUCUCAUCUCGUCCAGCUGGCAGGAGGAAAAACCCACUUGUCUGAACUGGGGAAACUAGUUUUAUGGGAAGAAAAUGUAGGCUUGAGUAUUAUUGAAUAUAACACUAAAUGUUAUAAUCAA